GGUCAUCCUGGGAGUGGGACCGAUUACAAGCUGCCAGCAUGUGGAGCUCUCCGGCGGCCGUCCCCGUGGCCAUGAUGCUGCUGGUGGCAGCCACGCAGGCAGCAGCGAAGGUCACCCCGGCGCUGAGAUUCACCAAGCCGAAGCCAUCCCCACCGCCGGGCGCUGCCGACCCUUCCCUCGCCCCCCUGCCGGGAGCCCCGGCCAGAGCCCAGCUGCCCUCCAUGAGCCCCGCAGUGCGGGCGGCCACCACGCUCUUCCCCUUCGAGAACGACACCCUGGACACGGCCGACUUCUUCUUCAACUGCUGUGACUGCUGUCCCCCUGCCAGUGGGCCCUGGGGGCAGCCGGGGGAGCCGGGGCCUCCAGGUCCUAAGGGGGAGAAGGGAGAUGCUGGUGUGCAAGGUGUGCCGGGAACCCCAGGACCUCAAGGUCCCAAAGGCUUUAAAGGAGAAAGAGGAGGCAAAGGGGAGCAAGGCGAGCGAGGAAUAAGUGGAAACCCUGGCUAUCCAGGCAAGCCUGGGCUGCAAGGUGAAGCUGGAGUGAAAGGCAAUAAGGGCAGCUACGGCUUCCCUGGGCUGAAGGGACAAAAGGGCUCCAAGGGGGACACUUGUGAGAACGGCACCAAAGGAGACAAGGGGGACAGGGGAGAUGCCGGGGAACCAGGGGUGGACGGAGAACAGGGUGACAAAGGGGAGAAGGGGGACACGGGGGACAAGGGGUAUUGUGGGGAGCCGGGGGGGAGAGGCCAAAAGGGGGAAAGAGGGGAAGGAGGGUCGAAGGGAGAAAAAGGCAGCAAAGGGGAGAUGGGGGCUGAGGGCAUUCAGGGGGUGGAGGGAAAGCAGGGAGAAAAGGGCGAGCAGGGAAGUAAGGGUGACAAAGGGGACCUGGGACCCGCUGGUGUGACGGGACCCUCAGGGCCCAAGGGGGUGGCUGGCAGCAAGGGGGGCCGUGGGGCGCCGGGCAGGAAAGGCUCCCGGGGAGCGAAGGGGGCCCGAGGGGACGGCGCGAAGCUCCUGCGAUCGGCCUUCAGCGCCGGCUUGUCCAAACCCUUCCCUCCGCCCAACGUCCCCAUCCGGUUUGACAAGAUUUUGUACAACGACCAGGAAGAUUACAACCCUUCCACCGGGAAAUUCAACUGCAGCGUGCCCGGGGCGUACGUCUUCGCCUACCACCUGACGGUGAGGGGCCGCCCGGCUCGCGUCAGCCUGGUGGCCCGCAGCAGGAAGGUGGCCAAGGCCCGCGAGACGCUCUACGGGCAGGAGAUCGACCAGGCCUCCUUCCUGACCGUCCUGAAGCUGAGCGCGGGCGACCAGGUGUGGCUGGAGGUUGCGCGGGACUGGAACGGGGUCUACGUCAGCGCCGAGGACGACAGCGUCUUCACGGGGUUCCUUCUGUACCCGGAUGUCUUUGAGAUCCUGCUCUAGGUUUAGAGGGCAAAGCUGUUGCUGAGGAGCAUGCCUUUCCCUCCGCCUUCCCGAGGAGAAACAAAGAUUGGUUUAGUGACUCGGCAGCGUAUUGGUUUAGUUUCUAGGUUCUGUGAUUUUUUUUUUUACAAAAAAAUAUUUGUGAAAGAGUGAUUAGGUUUAACGAGCAGCCCCAAGAAGCGGCACGUCCUUCAUGCAGGUGCUGGUAGCCAAGAGAAACCACUGCCCACAGGCCAGCAGGACCAGCAUGCGGAGGGGGAACCUGAGGGGGCUUCACACCAUGGGAUUCAGAUUUAUAGUCAUCACCAUCAAGUUACGUGAUGAAGCUCCUCAUCCAACUGAAAUUUUAAUCAAGCCAGCUCUGGCAAUCCUUGCAUGGUCAAACCUUCCCUGGACAUCAGUACUGGUAACCAGUGGAAGGUCACAGUUUUGACAAAGGUUGUAGUGUUUGGUUCAUAGAGCUUAAUCCAACAUGCAGUAGGUUUCUCCAAAUCGUGAAAAAAUGUAGAGGUAUUUUGUCAUUGAAUCAGAAUUACGUAGUACUUUAGACUGGUCAUGAAAUCUUUUUUUUUUUUUCAUAAAAAUAAAGCUGAGAUCCCAUAAUUAGCAUUCAGUAGCAUUGGGAUUUGCUCCUCUUCUCAGGCAGUCACAAGCCUGGGAUGUUUUCCCAGUGAUGUGAUGAAUGUUGGGUCUGACCCCAACAUGGGCACAGAGAAUUGGGCUACUAUUUCCCUUGCUCCCACCUUCCUUGCUUAAAUUGCCAUCAUGCUUGCCAUACGUUAUUUGAAUACCAUCAUAAAUCGUGUCCCUCAUUUCUUCUUUUUCCAUGGCACCAAGGUCGAGUGUUCCUGAGACUUUUUAUAUAUGCUGAGAAAAUUAACACAGGAGAACUGCUGUUAAAUUUUAAGAUAAAAACAAAGCAAUUUUAAAAGGUUGAUCCUAUCUAUUUGGUAAAUGCAAAGGGUGCUUCAACUCAUCAGCUUCUCAGCCCCACUUCAACAUCAGCAAUUCAAAUGUGAAAUGAACCAGCUUUGUCAAAGGGUUGGUACUUAAUUCGGUGCUUAAUCUGAGUUAGCUCCUAUGUGAUUCAAAUUCAGAGUACCAAGUAUAUAAAAGAUGCAGAUUUCAGUUUAUGAAUUCCCUGGCAGCUGUUGAAUAUUGAGGAAAAACAACAAGUUAUAAUAAUAAUUUCAGAUUCCUGCUGUCACAACACCCUUAAUUCUUUUGUUGUGCCUUCAUGCUGCUUCUCCUACAGUCCCUGUAACAGAUGGUGGUAUACGGACAUCUGACUAGCAAUUUUCUCCUCUCCUGCUGAAGUUUCUUACACUUUCUAUAUAAAUAACCUCUACAAAUGCUCCUGAGAAAGCAAUGCAAAAAUAUGGGGUCUCACAAGAACCUGCUCAGAUCUAAUCCUCUCCAUAAAUUAAUUGCUUGGCUGUCUGGGGAAAAGAAGAGCUGGCAGCACCACACAAGCUGGAAGAGCUCCUGCUUCCUUACAGACAUCCCUGCACAAAAUAUACCCAGCCAGAUUAGGGAUCUCUGGGCUGCUUAAAUCCUGCGGAGGUGCCCUGAGGGCAGGUUAAUAGGAACAGCUGGAGACAGUUCAGGCUACACAAAGGUCUCCACUCGCAGACCUUAAGGAAGGAUAUGGGAUGCUCGCAGCACAACCCCAGUCAUUUUUGAGCCCCUGUAAUGGAUAUGGGAGAGCUAUAAUGGCAGUCUGAGCUGGCUUCUAUGCUUCAUAUAUAUUUUUGUCAUUAGCUUAAUACCGGUGGAAGAUAUUUCUGCUCGAAACCCUGACUGGGAAGGCAGAGAAGCAUGCAGGACAAGUUACUGAAAUAUCACGCAGCUCCUUCAUAUGUAUAAGUGUCUUAGGGUCUAUAGCUUUGCCAGUAGUACUUUGAAUUUGAAGCGUGCUCACAUCUAUUCUGUUUAUUUUGAAAUAAUUUAUUUUCAGAUUUAAUUAAGACACAUUAAACAAGUAUCUUGUGAAGUUGAGCCUGUGUAAAGCACAGCGAACAGUGGUUUAGAUAAAUAUAGAUCUUUGUAGAGAGGGAGUUAUCUUCAUCAAAUAUUAAAUAGAAUUAACAGUAAUGCCUGGAAAGUAUUGUUUCUCUACACUGGUAUCCUUUUUACUUCAGUAUCUUGGCAAAACCACGCGUUGUUUUUUAGUUCUAGUACCUCUAAUCAGAUCAGUCCACAGCUGGGCUCAUGAAUUCCCCCACGUUAGUCAAAAAUUUCAAUGCAGACACGUGCACACACCUCCCCCUUUUACAGGCAGACACUCCUGGGGCUGCCUUUUAAAUGUCACGUGAAACCUUCUUGCUGGAGGGGCUUGGGGCUAUAGGAUGGGCAUGGAGCUGCCCGUGGGGCCAGAUGCUGCAGCAUCCUGGCACCUCUGCCUGCUCAGUUUCUCUUGCACUGCGGUUCUGACUGAUGUAGCCAAGACUAAGCUUCGCUCUCUGAAUAAUGUAUUAAUUUCUCUGCAAGGAGUGCAAGUCUGGAGACUAAUUUCUCUGAAGAGACCCAGCCUGUUCAGAAUGACAUACUGGCCUUUCUUUGUGGACAGGCUCAUAUGCCUGUGUCAUGUUUUGUGGCCAAACAGAAACGUCUGGCUCUCCAGCUCCCUGCAGAGCUCCUGCUCAGCAUGUGAAGUUUCCAGGCAAAUCGCUGGGAAAAGCUGAAAUCCACAACUUGAUGGCAGACGUGGCUCUCCAUGAGGAUGGAAGCUCCAACCUCUACAGCAGAUACAGGGCAAUAUACGUUGAAGCCCAGGAGAUACCAUGGAGGUGACUUUUCUCAUUUUGGUGCUGCUGUCAUCUCCACACGUCCUUCAUCCUGGAAGCCUGAGGAGCAGCCACCGCUACGUGUCUUCAACACGUUGUUCCCUGGAUCUUCCCACACAGGAGGGAUGGAGCCACGCUGGGGCCUGUGGUGUGAACUUUUCAAGACACGGAGGGCUUAUAGUUUGGUCUGCAGGUACCUGAAAGGAACACACAUCAGCAGCUAAUUUUGGAUGACCUCCUGGGAACCCGACUUUCAACUUCAGAAUGAAACAUCGUGAUGCUCCUAUCACAGAAAAAGUUCAAGCAAAGUUGCUGUCACCAGCACUGCAGUCAUUGUGGUUGAACACAGCCCUCAGCUCCUGCACAGGGAGGGAUGAACCUGCCAUGGGGCUCCCCCUACACCACAGGCUGUCUGAACCGUCCACCCGGACCCAAAUUCUCUCCUUCAUCCACCCUAGAGGUUCCACUAGAUUGCUAGGGAUUUAUUUUGGUAUUGAGAUUUACCUGUGAGCUAGGAACUACAAUCCCAGAGGUGGCAGAUGUGGAUUAUGAGAACCAGACAGGUAUCCAGUCCCAUCCCUGGGGGAUGUGGUUGCCUAAGGUAUCCAGAAGUGUCUGUUCUCCACUGAGAUUAAUGAUAGGCAUUAUAAGAACUGGAAUUGAACAUAGCAGAAAUGAAAUUAUGCACAAAACAAGACUUUUUUCAGAUAGGAGUCAUAUACUGUUGGACUAAUUGCACUUCUGUUGGAGCUUAUGUUUCUAAAACAUUGGAGGUUUGGAAGUAUCUGUAUUCGUUCACUUAAAAGAACAAGGAUUUUAUGUGGAUACUUGUAUGGCAUCAAAACUUAAUUACUAGGAAAAUGAAAUGGCUGUUUUCCUCAAGAAUUUUUCUCUGAUGCAGCAUCCAAAAUAGACGCAUGAAGAUGCAACAGAGUUUGAAUAUUUGUUCCUCUAGAUCUUCUGUGCAGAUUAAAAGACUGACUUAGGUAACAUGGACAUAAAGUCCAAAACUGUUUGCCAGCAGAAAUCUGUUUGCUGGCAGCUAGUGUUCAGGAUGUGCCUUCUGAGUACCCUGGAACUGCACGCUUUACCUUGAAAGCUCCUGAGACAUCUGAGAGUUAAAGGGGUUUCAUUUCUCUCUCAUUCACACUGCUCCUCCAAGUCUCCCACCCUUCUUAGGUCAUGUUUUAGAGCUGUCUGGUCUCUCGUUGCUCCCUCUGGUGUCUCCCCAGCUGAUCCACAGCCACCCUUACCUGCAGCACCAGCUACUCUGGAAGAGGUCUCACCGCCACUGAGAAGCCGACGAUUCUGCACCUCACAGCCUACAAGAAUUAAUUGUUCACGCUCUGGGAACUUGGAAAAAAUCUGCUGCCAUUCAUGUAUUUUUGUUUUAAAGAACUGCAUCUAAGACCAAACAAAUUCUGUGAACCAACAUCAGACCAUUUAAGAAGUAAUGUUGUUUAGCAAUCGAGGAACCAGGAAACUCAAGGUGAUAGAAGCCGAAAGGAAAGAGGAGCUCCGAUUCAUUCACUGCACUGAUCAAGAUACAGCAGGAGACACUGUCUUCUUCCCAAGUUGUGGCUUCCUCACUCUUUCGAAGUGACGGCUGGAGCCUCAGGCUGGAAAAGCCAGCAGAGUGCUUUAGACAGACCUAUUUACCAGGAUGCUGAGGCAUUGUGAGAAACUCUCCACCUGGACCCCAGUCAAUACUGCUUGAUCCUCGCUGGCAUGUCCUAAGGUUUGUGGCUGCCACUGAGAAGGCUGGGGAUGAACCAAGCCAGGCCUGGAAGGAAAACCUUUUACCACAGCCAGUAUGUUGGGUAACUAUGCUCUGUGGACCAGGGGAAUUAAUCCUCUAAUUGCCAGGAUUAAUGAGGAGUGAAGAAACUUGUUAAAGUGUAAACCUGGAGAAAAGGAGUAAAACAAAGCAUAAAGCUGGAGAAAACAGAAAGUAAAGUGUAAAUAUCCUGCGGGCUGAAGCGCUGUUAGCGUGACCCAUGUUCAUCGGAGCCAAAGGAUGCAGCCUGUUGUGCAGCAGGGAGAGAAAUGAGGGUGGCAAUGACCAGCACAACAACACUUGUGGCAAACUGGAGGGAUCCGGAUGCAAGAGGGAUUUACAGUGGCCAUGUGAGGCACUUCCAUGGCAUGCAGAAGCUGGUAUUUUGCUGAAAAUGGAAGGGGAAAAUCCUCCCUGAAAUGCAUCGUGUGAACACGAGGUGGCACUUGGAUCUCAUGGAUGGAGCCGCAGCCAGCCUGGGCGUGCUUCUACACACCAGGAGCACUUUAUUUAUAUAUUUUUAUUGAAAAGCUGGAGAAACAAUAUGAAGAUAAGGGGCUGAAAGAAACGCUGUUGGCGUAAUGGAUGUGGUUUCCCUCCAGGCUGCUGUAACCUCCUUGGACACCUCAGACCAAGCUCUACAUGACAACACCAUGGACCAGGCCACCCGCUCCCCACCACCUCCCUUCUCUGCUGGAGGCUCCUCCAAAGGGGCUGAAGGCUCAAAGGGGCUUCCAGAGACACACACUCCCCCAGCCAGCAGGCAGAGGCCUGUGGAGCUCGGUUUCAUCCUAAGAUUGGUUUUCCUCUUAAAACCUGAAGACUCAGAUUUGCAUUUUUUCUCCCCUGAAGACCCCAUCGUGGUGCCAGUGGGAAGGAGUGGGUCUCGCAUUUCCCUCCUGUCUGAGCUGGAGGACUUCAUACAAAACUACAGAAUUUGUGUGAGCUGGAGACAAAACAUGCUCAGAAGAGGAAAUUCAGCUACAGAACUUUUUUUUUAAAAAGGCUGGGAGCUGCUGGCAAGAGGAACAAGCUUUCCGCAUGGGUAGCGAGCGUGGCAGAGCACUACGGGGUUGAUCAGCAUCUCCUCGACUUCGCCUGGUGACGCUUUCAAGUCUUGUUUGCAGCAUCAACGUCGCCAUUACGAAAUGUAAACUGUGAGCAGCUACAAAUGAGUUAUGAAUGUUAUUAAUCAGAAUCGCCCCCAGAUCACCACCACCUGAAGAAAGGAAGAAUAAUUCAUUGCCGUAUUUCUGGUUGACAUCACCCGCGGUAAGGUGUGAACAGUGACACGCUACUUAUUGGAAACUAAGCAAUGAGAUUUACAGCUAAAUGACUUUUGGGGAGAACAACAGAUUUAUAUGGUAAUACAGACCUUACUGCAGAUGCAGCAUCCUCACAAAUUGGUACACGUGGGCUGCUCUGCUUGCUAAAAGCUCAGUCUGCAGCCUAAGCAGAGGUAACCGGUGGCAGAAGAAGAGGAAAAUAUCAUCCCCCUCCAGUCGAGUUCUGCUCCUCAGGCAGCCAGCGCUGUCAGAGUGCAUCCAAGGCUGUGAGCGUGCCCAUGUCAGCGGGGCUGUCAGUCAGUCGCUGCCCCAGCCCUGGCUGUGCAGUGUUGUGCCCUUACUGAAACACAGCAAUAGUGACGCUGAAGGAUUUUUUUUAUUUUUUUAUUUUUUUUUCAAGCAGACAACUCCAUUAUGAAUGAAAAGGAACUUCUCUAAUAAGCAAAAUUGAGGGGGAUACGAGGCAGUUUUGUUUCUGUUUUUGUUUUUUUUAACUUUUUAAUCCUGGAUUUGCUUUUUGCUCUUCUCUGGUGAAGUCUUCAGCCGGGCUUCAACCUGAUCUCCCUGUGCCAGGGAGAGCCACAGCACCCACGUGGCUUUAAAAGCCCUUGGGAAAAAGCUUUAAUAAUAUCCCAACACGUGCCAGCUGAAGCAGCCAGCUGCUGCUUUUUUAUUUUUGUAGCUUUCCAAUAUGAACAUGGAAGAGAUGAUUAACAGCAGUGCUCAGCCUGCAUUUUCUUGAUAAACACCCCUCAAAAAAAAGCCCAAAGUCCAUUUGGAGUAACUUUGUUAGUCACUGAAAAACCUAUUGCAAUUUGCUAAGGUCCCUUUGAAGCUCGAGGUGAUGUUUAGGGUGAUGGAGCUUGUGCCCCUGACUUGUCCUGCCUUCUGGAACUCCAGAGGAUUUUAUCUGUACCAGAAUUAUCCUGGACAUUUUAGUACAAUGAUGUGCAUGUCAGGUAAAUGCUGUUGGCAUGAUUCUGAGGCAUGCAGUCAUGUUUAAGAUGAUAUUUCUGUCAUCAGCAGAAAGGUGCGCAAUAGAAAAAGACAGAAAUGGCCUUACCUGAACCCUCAGUUUCCUUCCUGAAUAACCUUUAAUUACAUAAAGCUGCAUGAGCGAGGCUUGCUCAGGUGGAAUCGCUGUUCUUUUCCCAAAAUUUCGGCAUAGAUUGGUACAGCCCUAUGGAAGCCAGUAGAAUCACGCAGAAGCAGCUGGCAGCCAGCCCAGCAUCAUGUUUGAAGCAUCUGUUUUGAUAGCAGACUGCCAUGAUCUAAAAAAAAAUAAAAUAAAUUUUAAAGGAAUACUAUUGACUGCAAAAGCUCUUCUCUUCAGGAAAAGGACACGAGAUUAUAUUAGAGGAAAUUUAAUUAAAUCACCAGAAAACCUACAAAAGUUCUAAUCCCAGAUCUAUCAGUUUGCUUCUAAAAUUGUCCAUAAAUCUCCUUGGUAGUCAAUUUUAUAAUUCCUAGAAGACAAAAUAAAAAAUGAAUGAGAAAUGAAAUAGGCUAAGGAUUGGGGUAUUUUUUCUUUAGGCGGAAAGCUGACCAUGAAUUUCAUUAAUCCUGCUUAAUAUCCUACCUUGGCAGUCACUGUAAGAACUUAACAUUCAUCUACAGUGAUGAAGUAUACAGAACUAGGAAAAAGGAAAAAGGAAAAAAAAAAAAAAAAAAGGUUGCUAGACCUGCUUUUAUAAUGUGUAUGAAACAUACUGGGACCCACGUCAGCUUUAACAACAGCGAGAGAGAUGGAAUCAGGGGAUGCAGCCUCGUGGAUACAAUUAUGUGCAUUUCUGGUGUGUGGGGAAAAACUGGUAUUACUGUAAUUACCACAACUAAAAUUUAGAGUGUUCUGCUGUUUUUAAGCUGGGAUGGACUCAGGGAAUUGAAAUAAAUGAUACAGCUUUGCAAAUUUGUCA